AUGAGAAUUCAAAUUCAUCGCUUUCAAUUAAUUUUCUGUUCGUUAGUAUUCAUUCUGAUUUUCUUUUAUUUCUAUCGUUGGAGGUACAUCGACGAUGACGGAGAUGCAAUUGGGACGAUUUACAUCACGGAAACUCGGUACUCACCUGAUAAAUCUAUGUUGAACGACUAUGAAAAGAAUAAAGAUGAAAAAUACUUCUCUAAUCGAGAUCUCAAUGCACCUGUUCUCAUUUGGUGGACGCCAUUUACAUACGAUACGGGCUCCUAUAUUCGAUGCGGAGAUCAAACUCGAUGCUUCAUAUCGAAUAUAAGAAAAUACCGUGACAAUAAAGAUUUUUCUGCAUUUCUUUUCUAUGGUACUGAUGUUCGUCUCGAUGAAUUACCAUUGCCACGUCUCCAACAUGAACAAUGGGCAUUGCUUCACGAAGAAUCACCGAAGAAUAAUUACAUUUUCUCUUUUGAAUCAAUUAUGACUAUGUUUAAUCAUACGGCGACUUUCAAACGUCACUCAGAUGUCCCGUUAACAACUCAAUGGUUAGGAUCGAUUGAAGAUAUUUUCGAUCAAACAUUUGUCGUUGAUGUUCAAACGAAAACGCGCUUGCAAGCUGAUCAAAAUCUUGCGCCGAUUAUUUAUAUUCAAUCCGAUUGUAAUACACCAUCUGACCGCGACUUGUACGUUCAACAAUUGAUGAAACAUAUCCGAGUGGAUUCGUAUGGAAGUUGUUUACACAACAAAGACUUACGCAGCGACUUAAGAAAUCCAGUAGCAGCUAUGGAACAUAUCGAUAUUCUCGAACUUGUUGGUAAAUACAAAUUUGCAUUAGCAUUUGAGAAUGCGAUUUGUACGGAUUACAUUACUGAGAAAUUCUGGCGACCGUUAAAAGUUGGAACCAUUCCGAUUGUCUACGGAUCAGAUCGAUAUCAGGACUUUCUUCCCGAUAAUCAUUCUGCCAUAUCCAUCAUGGACUUCGGCACUCCGAUAGAAUUAUCUCAAUAUAUUCAUGAAGUCAAUUCCGACGAUGCGUUGUAUGACUCCUACCGUCAGUUUAAAUUUACCCAUGAAAUUUCCCGCGAAAGUCUUCUUGCUCGGACGAUGUCUGAACGGACAUGGGGCAUCCACAAUGAUCGUACUCGUGGAAAUUUCAUCAGUAAAUUGGAAUGUCUUGUUUGCGAACGUGUGCAUAAAACACGGCGAGAGCAAACACAAACAUAUCAAGCAAAAUUCGAUGAUUAUGGCUGUCCACCACCAACAACAUUCGAUGAAGAUGGUAUAAGGUUAGAACGUGCGGGAAGUUGGUAUCGAACUUAUGAAUACACUCGCUGUCAAGUGGAAGUGUUUCAAGAAUGGAUUGCGCAAGGAAUCUAUAAUUUCACCGAGGCACAACUGAACGAAGCAGCAUCGAAACGUUUCUCACCAUCGUUUCGACGAAAUGAAUUUUUAAAAUAA